AUGAAAACUGGAAUUGGUGGUAUAAGCCUAAAACCCAAAAGAGUAGAAUUGGGUUUGAAAAACUCUGAAACCCAAAAAAGUAGAGUUGGGUUUGAAGAACCCGAAACCCAAAGGAUAAAAGUUAGAAUUGGUGAUAUGAACUCUGAAAUCCAAAAAAUAGAAGUUGGGUUAAGAACCCCAAAACCUGAAGAAGUAAAACUUGAGUUUGAAAAACCCUGA